AUGGCUUCUGUUACCCGUCUCAGCAACGCUGCCCUGCGGGCUACCCUCCGCUCCUCUCCCGUCAAUGGCUCUGCCUUUAACGCUGUGCGAUGCUACUCUGCCAAGACCCAGACCCUGAAGGAGCGAUUCGCCGAGCUGCUGCCCGAGAAGAUUGAGCAGGUCAAGGCCCUCCGAAAGGAGCAUGGCUCCAAGGUUGUUGACAAGGUCACCCUCGACCAGGUCUACGGUGGUGCCCGUGGCAUCAAGGCCCUCGUCUGGGAGGGUUCCGUCCUCGACGCUGAGGAGGGUAUCCGAUUCCGUGGCAAGACCAUCCCCGAGUGCCAGGAGGUUCUCCCCAAGGCUCCCGGUGGCAAGGAGCCUCUUCCUGAGGGUCUCUUCUGGCUUCUCCUGACCGGCGAGGUCCCCACCGAGCAGCAGGUCCGCGACCUCUCCGCCGAGUGGGCUGCCCGCUCCGACCUCCCCAAGUUCGUCGAGGAGCUCAUCGACCACUGCCCGACCGACCUCCACCCCAUGGCCCAGUUCUCUCUGGCCGUGACCGCUCUCGAGCACACCUCCAGCUUCGCCAAGGCCUACGCCAAGGGUAUCAACAAGAAGGAGUACUGGGGCUACACCUUUGAGGACUCUAUGGACCUCAUUGCCAAGCUCCCCAACAUUGCUUCGCGCAUCUACCAGAACGUCUUCAAGGGUGGCAAGGUCGCUCCCAUCCAGAAGGACAAGGACUACUCCUUCAACUUUGCUAACCAGCUCGGCUUCGGCGACAACGCUGACUUUGUUGAGCUCAUGCGUCUGUACCUGACCAUCCACACUGACCACGAGGGUGGCAACGUCUCUGCCCACACCACCCACCUCGUCGGCAGCGCUCUCAGCUCUCCCUUCCUCUCCCUGGCUGCCGGUCUCAACGGUCUUGCCGGUCCCCUGCACGGCCUGGCCAACCAGGAGGUGCUCAACUGGCUUACCGAGAUGAAGAAGUCGAUUGGCGACGACCUCAGCGACAAGGCCAUCACCGAUUACCUCUGGUCCACCCUCAACGCCGGCCGUGUCGUUCCCGGCUACGGCCACGCCGUCCUCCGCAAGACUGACCCCCGCUACACCGCUCAGCGCACCUUUGCCCAGCAGAAGAUGCCCGACGACCCCAUGUUCAAGCUCGUCAGCCAGGUCUACAAGAUCGCCCCCAAGGUCCUCACCGAGCACGGCAAGACCAAGAACCCCUACCCCAACGUCGACGCCCACUCUGGUGUCCUCCUCCAGUACUACGGUCUCACCGAGGCCAACUACUACACCGUCCUCUUCGGUGUGUCGCGCGCCAUUGGUGUCCUUCCCCAGCUCAUCAUCGACCGCGCCUUCGGUGCUCCCAUUGAGCGACCCAAGUCUUUCUCCACUGAGAAGUGGAUCGAGCUCGUCAAGAAGCUGUAA